CUGUUUCGUUGGCACAAAUGUGCAGAAAGGUGCAGCCAGGCUGUGAUGUGCGUGUAAUUGUAUGCAGGAGGCCGGUCGCCUCAUUCACUUGUGAGACGAAAGUGAAGUUCUCGGAUUUCCGCCACUACAUGCGUAUAACAGGGCCAAAGCAUUAAUAACACCUCCUCGCCAGCCUUUCAAAUUCUUCUCAAUUUUUUCUCCCCCUUAUCUACACCGGCCUGGGCACCCCAAGUUCCAAGACUUUGCAGCUGACCCCAGACACAAUGGCGACAUGGACAAAUCGAGGAAGAGGAGCCUACAGAGGUAGCUCCUCGCGAGAGUGGCGUGCAACCGCUCCUCUGCCCACACCAGAGCUUCCUGUCGGGGAGUGUCUGGCAUUCCUGCAUAUGGCAGACAUUGACGAGCUUGUUCAGAGACAGCAAGUCUCAGAGACAAAUAUUGCGGAUGUGCGCUAUGUCUCUUCCUACAACUGGCUCGACAGGGCAGCCGAAGCCCAUAUCAUCGUUCCUGGUCAGCCACCUCGCUGGACUCCCUCGCGACACGAUACAAAACUCGAAAGAGACUCUGGUCAGUUCUAUCGCGACAAGAAUGCGGCUAGAUUCCCGAAACACCCCUUUGCUCCCGCUAUCGCAGCCUGCCUAGCCUCCUCGCCCUCUGAGCUAGCCAAUGUCGACCUCGUCGGCUGCGGAAGCACGCUAGGCAACCUUCUUCGCUUUGUACGAGGCGAAGACAGGAAGGUAAGGAUGCUUGUGCAGAAGGUUGGCCAUGCCGUCUUUCUUGUCCGUCGAGAGAAUUCGCCGACAGAGCUCAUUCCCGAUGUGCGCGGUCAUGGGCACACCUUUCCCGAGGCCUUCACCACGUGGGACCCGGUGGUGAAGGGCUCUGCAUCGCACCAGCGACUGAUCACGUAUAACUUUGGCGGGCUGAAGCUCCUCGUUCGUUACGAAGCGGAUGGAUAUCUAGACACAAAGGACAAGAAUGUCGAAUCCGAAAAAAUGUCGAACUCGGAUCAAGGAGGGCCUUCUUCGCCAAAAGCCGUCGAGUCCUCGUCUACCGCAGUCGAGGCCCUCACAGCCGCCUUGUCGAUUGGCGGCUCGCUUUCCUCCUCGCAAGUCCCCGUCGUUGGGACAGAGAUCCAUGUCCAGCGGGCCGGUCACGCCCCAGACCAGUCCCAGAUCUUCGACAUCAAGACUCGGGGCGCACACAGGCGCCAUGAUGACCACGUGGGAGCUGAACUGCCACGCCUUUGGAUCUCCCAGAUUCCCAACUUUGUCCUGGCCUUCCACGACUAUGGCCGGUUCCGCGUUGCGGACGUCGGCAUUCACGACGUGCGCGACAGAGUGCAAGCGUGGGAGUCGGAGAAUCAGACCGCACUCGGCAGACUGGCGGCACUGCUGCACUACAUCAUUGACGCGUGCAAGCCGGCAAAGCCGGGAGAUGGGAAGCUGGAGAUCCUUAUCGAUGGCGAGGGAACGCUGAAGGUCUACGAGCAGCUGGAGGGAGUUGGGGAUGUACUGCCUGCCGAUCUGAGACACAGGUGGGAAUCUGUGGGCGUUGAGUCGCCUGCAAGUGCCACUGGCAAGUUUGCCUCUUGUAGCUCGGAUCCACGUCUAUUGGCCUUGGAUGAUGGGAAGGAUGACUAUACCAACUGUUCAGAGCGCUGCGGGUAUUGUGGAGGCUGCUCAUGAUCUGAGGUCUGUGGACAGGAGUCAGGACAUGGAAGGACUGGUCACUGGAGUCCAGGAGCCGUCCAUCCAAUUUCCAUCCGACUAUGGCGUCAUGCCCUGGGAAGUCCAGGUUACCCUAUAAACACAUGUUGUCGGUGGUAUUGACAGUACGGUUCACUUGCUUUUACUCAUUGAUAAUUUGCUCGCCCUGGGAUUUAUGCUCUCUUGUUCACCACGAUUCAUAUGAGUUCUCAAUGGGUCAACGACACCCUCAAAAGUACGUAGCUGCACUGCACUCU